CAUUACUGAAAUAGUAGUUUUUUCCGAAUGAUAGUUGAUCAACAGUCAUUCUCUCUACAAUACAACACAGAAAGAAAGAAAGUAUAGGAAGAAAUUGAGGCAGGCGCCCUGAUCAUGUUGCGCAGAUCUGGAUUUGCUGGAAUUUUCUCAGGGACAAUCACAUGGAAGCCCCGGUUGAAGAAAGGACCCGCAGCCGCCUCCACCACCAUCCUCUUUUUUGUAAUUUUUAUCAUCCUAACCUUAGCUCAUAAGUACUCUCUUGUUCGGAUUGACACUUCUAUAUUCUCCGCUUAUAAUUCUAGGAACUUAACUAAAAGAAUCUCUGAAAAACAUGAAAAACCCACCAAGAAACUUGAAAUCCCACUAAACUGUUCCGUAAGAAACCAAACACAAAGCUGUCCAACAAAUUACCCUACAAGCUUCAGCCCCAAUGAUCUCGACCCAUCAUCAAGACCCGUAUGCCCGGACUAUUUCCGGUGGAUCCACGAGGAUUUACGUCCAUGGAAGGCCAAUGGAAUAACAAGAGACAUGGUGGAGAAAGCCAACAGGACUGCACAUUUCCGGCUAGUGAUAGUCAAAGGCAAGGCGUAUUUUGAGAAGUACAAGAAAUCUAUACAAACAAGAGACGUUUUUACUAUAUGGGGGAUUCUCCAGCUCCUAAGAAGGUACCCUGGGCAGGUUCCGGACUUGGAGCUGAUGUUUGACUGCGACGACCGGCCGGUCAUCCGAUCAAAGAAUUACCGCCGGGAAAACACGACGGGCCCGCCGCCCUUGUUUCGAUACUGUGGUGACAGGUGGACUAUGGACAUUGUUUUCCCUGACUGGUCCUUCUGGGGUUGGGCUGAGAUAAAUAUAAAGCCAUGGGAAAGUUUGCUGAAAGACCUAAAAGAAGGCAACAAUAGAAGCAAAUGGAUGGACAGGGAACCAUACGCCUAUUGGAAAGGAAACCCUUCUGUAUCUGAAACCAGGAGAGACCUCCUCAAAUGCAAUCUUUCCGACACACAGGACUGGAAUGCUCGCUUAUAUAUCCAAGACUGGAUCCUUGAAUCUCAGCAAGGAUAUAAGAAAUCAGACUUAGCAAGCCAAUGCACCCACAGAUACAAGAUCUAUAUCGAAGGAUGGGCAUGGUCUGUGAGUGAAAAAUACAUUCUAGCCUGUGAUUCUACCACGCUGCUUGUAAAACCGCGUUACUACGAUUUCUUCACAAGAAGUCUGCAACCUUUUCAUCACUACUGGCCUAUAAGGGACGAGGACAAGUGCAGAUCCAUUAAAUUUGCUGUAGAUUGGGGAAACAAGCACAAGAAAAAAGCACAAGCUAUAGGAAAAGCAGCGAGUGGCUUCAUUCAAGAAGAGCUGAAGAUGGAGUAUGUAUAUGAUUAUAUGUUCCACAUGCUGAAUGAAUAUGCUGGGCUCUUGAAAUUUGAGCCUCGAAUUCCAGAGGGAGCUGUGGAGCUGUGCUCAGAGAUUAUGGCCUGCAGCUCUGCAAAUGGGUUGGAGAAGAAGUUCAUGUUGGAGUCCUUGGUGAAGGGGCCCUCUGUGACGAGCCCAUGCACCAUGCCGCCUCCUUAAAUAUUAUGAACCCCGGGUUCCUGGAAAUUUUUAUAGAAACAACAUCAAUAUAA